AAGACAACUCUCACGAAUGGAGAGUAUGAAAUCUCGUUUAAUCUCGUUUAACCGAGAUUUUCGAGUUGACAACUGCUCCAUGCCGAAGUUGAAAUAGAAUGGCUGAGGGUUUGGAUGAAGGAAGAUAUGGUGGCACUCUACCUCAACAUGGCCGCCAUUCCUCUACUACAGGAUCCAGUCAGCCUGGCUCUGAAAUACCUAGAGCCUCAGAAUCAUGGACACCAUUUAGUGGCAUGCCUUCUAGUCCUGUUUCCCCAACUGGUCUAUUUUCUUGGGAAUCUUUUAAUUCUUCAGCGCCUAAUUCCUUUGGUAAUGGGCAAAUCCCUCAUUAUUAUUCUAAUUAUUCCAAUUUUGGACUCCCUAAUAUACAUCACAGUGCCUCAGAUAACUCAGGAUUUAAUAUAAAUGAUGAUAAUUCAACUUGUAGGCCAACAAAUGUUAAUUCUCCCAUUCAAAGGCCUAUAUUUAAUCAGUUUAGAGAAGAAGGUUAUGAGAUGUAUGCAGAAGCCAUAAAGCAAUUACAGCAAGAGUCGCCUGGUGCAUCGUAUGGCCAUUUUGCUACAACUAGUCCGACUGACUUAUUGACUCAAUCUACAUGUGUUCCUGAACCUCCGAUUGACACAAAAGAUUCAAUUAAGCCAACUUAUUCUGACAUAGCCAAGUCAUUGAAGUCCAAGCCUAUGCAAAAAGGAAAGGAUGACUUGGAGAUAUAUUUACCCAAGUCCAAAUCCCCAACAGAACCUUCAUCUAAAACUCAAAAGUCACAUAUUAAGCGGUCAGCUAAUAUUGCCAGAAGCCAUUUAACACAGGGUCGUACAACAACAAAUGAUGGUAAUUUUGGUAGUGUAGUUUCCCCCGACUCUAAAUAUGGGUUGGAUCACUUUGAAGAAGUGGAUUCAGGAUCUCGUAGUGACAGAUCAAGUAUUUUAGGAGGUAGUAAUGAAAGUCUGUCCUAUCGCAGUCGACAGGGGAGUACUAGUAGUCUGAGCAGUGGCACCAGUGGUAUUGAAGAAAUACAUUUAACAAAAACAUUCAGCAACCCAACUGUGACACUAAAAGAAGCAGAAUUGAAACUUCCAGAUUUUAAAGACGACACAAAUCACAAAGCAGAGGUUAAAGAGAAAUCAACAACUUCUUCCAAAGAGAAGAGUGAGAAAUUUUUUGAUCCCAGAAGAAUUUUUCAAUCACAGAGCAAGGACACAUAUAAAAAGAAAUCGGACAGUAAAGUGAAUGAAAAACUUAAAUGCCCAGAUACUAAUACGGUUUUGAAUAAUGGGAAACCCACCACUAUCAACAAACCACCUUCAGUUGCCCACAAAAAAGCUGAUUACAUCAACAAUGAUCUUCGUGAUCCACGGAAAAGAACUAACCAGAAUACGGCCAGUAGUCAAGAUUCUGAUAAGAAGUCAUCUGGUGAUUGUUACAUACAAAAUGGAACAUCAGACAAGUUAAAAGGGCAUGGUAAUCAACGAAGAGAUGCUCAAAAUAUACGUCCGAAGAAGUCCACUCCAAAUUUUGAUUGGGAGGCCAUAGAUGAAUAUGUAAAUAAUGUAGCAGAAAAGAUAAAAAAUGGUGUUAAAUAUGUUUUUUCUUUGCUGUUUACGUUGCUACUACAUGUACUAGGAGUUUUGAUGUAUAUUGUUUUCUGGUGUGUUCAUAUUAUUGGUGUGGUUGGCGUUAAAGUAUGGAAUUGGUGUAGUUGUAAAUUCUUCUCUAAUAAGUUUUCAUAUAACCAGAAACCAGCUGAAACCAUUAAGCGUAAAAUAGGAUUAGAAGAAAAUAUAGAUUUGCCCAGUACCGGAGAGGAAGCCAUGAAGCGAUUAUUAUCAUGCAAGGGAAAAGACCCAUACAGUAUUUUAGGUUUAAGAGCUGAUGCUAGUGAUGAAGAUGUAAAGAAGUAUUAUCGUAAACAGGCUGUUUUAGUACAUCCCGACAAGAAUCAAGAACUAGGUGCAGAAGAAUCUUUUAAGAUAUUAGGUCAUGCUUUUGAAAUGAUAGGUGAACCGACAAAGCGAUUACAGUUUGAUGCUAAAACUAAGGAAGAAACGGAUGCAGAAUCAGCUAUGAGAGAAUUUGCUGAUUUACUCACAAAACUACAAGAAAAAAUUCAAGAGGCUGCUAAUUUAAUGCGUUGUGAUAAUUGUGGAGGUAAACAUAAAAGAAUACCUAUUAACCGCCCCUGGUAUAGUGCUAGAUUCUGUGACAAGUGUAAUAUAAACCAUUCAGCUAAAGAGGGUGAUGUGUGGGCAGAGACUUCAAUGUUAGGAUUUUUAUGGCAUUAUUAUGCUAUAAUGGAUGGAAAUGUUUAUGAUAUAACUGAAUGGGUUGCAUGUCACAAAGAUUUUUUCAAACAUAUGCAGGCCAAUGCCCACCCCAUUUUAUAUAGAAUAGCUACAGAUGGAAAUAGAAAUCACAGAAGUCAAGGACAAUCAAGGGAAGCUGAAUUAGAAGAUUUUAUAAGUCAACUAUUUAACAAAGCAAAUAUGACCGAGGGUGGUGGCGCCUCAACACCUUGGCAACAACAAAAGUCUCAAUCUGCACCUUCAUCACAAUGGAACCCAAAUUCUGGGGGAGGCAAAAAAUCUCGUAAGAAGAAGAAACGACAUUAAUAUCAGGCAUGGUGUUAAAGGUCUUUGUUUAAUGGAAAACUGAAUACAACGGUUCUAUUCACCCUUUAAUACAGUCAAUUUACGUACAUGGAUGUUAACAUUUCAGCUGUAUUGUAAAGUUUCUGAAUUAUAUACUUAUGGUUAAUGGGAAUCCUGGCAUUGCUGUUGAACUGAUUAUUUGAUAAAUGUUGUAAUUUGGUGCAAUGACAAUUUACCAUAAAUCUGUAUUUCUAGUUCAGUAAAUGUUGAUUUUGUCCCCCCCCCCCCCAUUUCGAAGAAAGCAGGAGACUACUAAAAUGGGUUUGUCCCUCUGUCUGUCUGGUCAAGACUUUUGAACAUAACAACUCUGCUUUUAAUUUAAGUAGAAUGUUUACACUUGAUGUAGAUGUUCAUUAGGUGAAUGUCUUGACUGAGUUCAAUGAUUAACAUUUCAAGCUAAAGCUAAGCAAUUUUAAUUGAUCGAUGCUUUGAGACAAGACAACUUUGAUUCUAUCUGAUAGAGAGUGAUGAAACUUAGUGUAUAGUUGAUAAUCAGUUUUAUUGCUUGAUACUUUUGAAAAAAUAAAUGUGCGAUUAAUUAAUAUGUGUCAUCUAUUUAUUUUGGGAUUUCGGUGGGGGACAUCAGCCUCACUGUUGGCUUGUUUUUUUAUAAUUCAAGUAUGUUCUAAAACUCCCUAUAAAAAUACUCCACUUAUCAGGGCUCUUUACCAUGAAUUUACAUCUAAGUUUCACAAAAAGUGAGUACACUCCCCUCGUUACCAUUUGACCUAAUCUUUUUUUUAAAAAUUUAAAUUUAUUUGUAGAUUCAUUCUGUAAUAGGUUUACACUUUUUUCUUAAUGGCUGGUUAUAUCUAUUGAAAUAUUGCCAGAUUACUUAAAUUUUACCAUAUUAUGUAGUGGUAGUAGGUUAGUGCUACAAUUUUGUCUUUCUUGGACAUAUGUGACCAUUUUUGGCUUUUUUAAGAGACACGGGAGUCAAAAAAAUCAAAACAUAGCUAUGCUGACAUUUAGCUUGUAUAUUCAAAGAUUUUUAAAUUGGUAUGCCAUAUAUACAUUUAUCAUUAAAAAUGUCUGAGAUAUUUAGCAAUCAAAAACAGUAAAUUCAGUACAUUUCUGAUUAGUUUAGUGUGUCUCUUUUAUGAUCAGACCUGGUCACAUAUGUGAUGUAUGCACUCCUUUAAGUUUAGCUAAAGACCUAGUUUAUUGAAAUUUUAAGUCAAUUUGAAUUAUAAAUUUUUAAUAUUCUACUUACUAUAGAUAACUACACAACUUUAAAUAACAAUAUUUUCGAACCAUAGAUAAUGCUAAAAAUUAAAAUAAUAAUUUAACUGAAUUAAGUGUACCACAUACAAUAUUGAAAAUAUGUGUUCAUGAUUUGAUUAAAUAAAAUGUCCUGUCUAUAUGUCUCAGAUUCAGUGAUUAAUUGGCUUCUACAAUGUUGACAGACAUUUAGACUUGAUAUUUUAACAACUGAUGUGUAACUAAAUCAAGCCCUUUAUGUAAGCCAUAGUGUGUUCUAUGAAAUAUAACAUGUUGCUAUGUUAUCCAUGUUACAUGUUAUGUAUUACUAGUCAAGUUAAAUAAGACAUAUUCUUAAUCCAGGUUGUCAAAAAUUGUCUUAAAUACAUGGAAAAACUGCUUGAAAAUAUAGCGAAAUGAGUAAUAUUUAUCUUAGAUGGUCAUUUUUUGGAUGUUGUCAUAAAAUCUUAUAAAUAGUUGAUUGUUAAAACUUGAAAUUGUAGUGUACUAUUGUUAAAAAAAUAUAUAAUCAUGAGCUUUAUAAUAUAUGUUGAAAUCAAUACUGAUUACUAAUAAAAACUUCUAUAAAUAUUAUUUUUAUGAACAAAAAUUAGGACAAAAUUUUCAUUUUCUUUUCCUUGACAUUAAAUUAUCAUACAUAUAUUUUUGUUCUUUAGUAGUUCAAAAUUAAGCUAUCUGAUGUGUAACAAAGCUAUUUGGUGUGUAACACAUUAAAGUCAAGAACAUGUUAGCUAACAACAAUCCUGGUAGAUGUAUUAAAGAUUUUUUAUAGAAUAAAUCCUAAACUGGAUUGGUUUUGUAUUAUAGGUCAGUGUCAACCAAGCCAAUUACCUCAAAUGGUAUGCAUCCAUCCAAAAUAAGAAAACUGCAUUUUGCAUGGAGUUGCUGCUAAACUAAUAUUCACUUUAAUGCUAGAUAAUAAUAAGUAGAAACAUGGUUUCUGUUUUUGAAGUGAUACAGAAUUGCUUAUGGAUACUUGUGCCUUGAUGGAAAUUUACCUUUAAUAUUUUGAAACACGAGAAGGGUGCUUAGAAGAAACUAGACAGUAAUCCAACAAUAUAUCAUGAUAUAUGAAAUUGGAAUGGCACCUACUUUAAUUGAUCUGGCUUUGACUAAAUAUUCCUGAAGCAAUGGAUACUGCAUUAUCAGCUCAUACAAUUGCUGCAGGAAUACUCUUAAUAUCAGUUUUAAACCAAAAUUAUGGUUUUGUUGUUAUUUAAUUGCAUUAUAAUGAAGACAUUGGUAUAAAACAUUGCUUUUUUCAUUUCAUAUUUUAGUUUUGCAUAAUUUUUAAUUAUACGCCCACAUUGAAAUGUGGUCGUAUAUUGUCGUGAAUGCUCUAAAGGCUAAAGUAUCCAAUUGACUUAUUUAUACACAGUGUUUAAGGUCAUGAGACGGAGAACCCUAUUGAUUUUCAACAAUUUCUGAUAAUUACUGCCAGAGUUAUGGCCCUCGAUCACUUUGAAAAAUCUUGUGGAUGCAUUAUAGACCAUAGUUAUCAUCUAAUUGAUUUUAUAUUUAUAUACUGUGUUUACGCCUAUAUAUAAUCGUUUUGAUUGACUUUAGAGUUUAAGGUCUUGAGAGGAACAAGUAUAUUGAUUUUCAAUAACAUGAAUAGCUAAAUCCAUGAUAUUAGAUGUUUUGUAUACUAAACUUUAGCAUGGGCCAAACAAAUUCUAAUGAUUUUCUGAUAAUUACUUAAUGAGUUGUUACUCUUAAUCAGAUUUUAGUGUAUUAUAAAUGUUUUAUUACCGAAGAAGUAAAAAUAUGUGACAACUCUUGUUGACUGCCCGGACGAUUUAGCUGAUGUGGGCGUAUGUUUCGUUGCCUGGCAACCUGUCUUUAAAAAUAGAAUUAUAUACACUGAAAUGAGGAAUUCUAUCAAGUUUGCUUUUUUUGUGCCAGGAGCUAUUAUUUAUUGUGUAUUUGUUGUGGAUGGUUUUUAAAAAAAAAGGCCAUUCCUUUAUUAUAAUAACUAGUUUUAGUUGUUUAAUAUUUUUUUAAAUGCCAAAAAUAUAUGAUGUAUUAAUAAUAACAAUACAUUUUAUUAUGUAUGUACAAUAACAUGUAAAUACUGUAAAGUUAAUAAAUUUUUUCCAACUCGG